CACAAACCUCUCCGUUCACAGAGCACUAAGAAGUCUAGAUAAUUUUCUAUUAAGAAAACUCACAUCUUUAUAAUGUAUAGAUACGAUAUUCAGUAAAUAUCAAUAAUUGUAAAGGAAAAUCUGUAAUAGAAGAUACUAUAGUCAAUAAAGGAGGUAGGGGAAGAAGAUAAAACUGAAUAUACAAGAAUACGCAACUCAGGAGCUGUAGCGGGACAUUCUGUGUUUGUGUCUCUUAAUCGUUCCCCUAAAAUUCUGUUUCCUUUUUGACUUUCCAACCGCCAUUUGGACGUUGACAAAAGCCUAGUCUUGUCUGACACAGUUCCUCCAAAAGUUUACAAUAAUAGAUGUCUUUCAAUGGGACUACACAAUAGGUGGUCGAACAGCCAAUAGCCUUUCAGACAGAGAUGUGGAUUAAAACGAGGCUGCUGCCGAUAUUUUACGACAUGUGCCGAGUUGGUCUACAGCGUGUUCGACUAGGGGGUAGUCACGUGGUGCGGAUCGUCAAGUUACAACGAAUAUCAUGCAAUCAAGUGGACAAUUGAGAAUUAAUCAUAUAAACUCGACUUUAACUUAAAAAAAAAUAAGGAAACUAUGUCAAGCCACGGAGAUAGAUUCAGGCCUAGGCCCGGGCUAAUACCUGCUGCUUUUAAGUUUCCAACUUUUCAGGGUCUAUGCGUCGGUGGUUUAGAUAGUUCCGCUUACUUAGCUAGUACCAUGGCAUCGCCAGCUUUAAUGGUACUAGCAUCAACAGCAGCGGAUAACCAAUGCCAAAGAACAUAUUCGGCGGGUCAAGUACUAGAUAAAGAAUCGCCAUUUUCCACUACAUCCUUCUCGGGCCGUCCAAUGUUUAGUCAGACGGAUAGUUAUCCGGCACCACUUUUGCCCGUCCAUUAUCCUCACGGAUUGGACAGACAAGUAGGAUUCCUCAAUCCUACACCAGGAGGGGCCUUCAGGCCCCUAUCCAUGUCGGACGAUAGAGGUUUUCACGGUUCGGCCUUCGUCCCCACACAAUGCCUGAAAUUAGAGCAGGCCACCGAAUCUCAACACCUUGCAAUUAGUUCGUGUUACCACAACAGCGAGACUACUACCUUUUUAAGCCCCCCUAGUAGUAUCGGAAACACCACUUCUACUAUCUCCUCUUUGGGACACUCUAAAGGGGAGUGCGGGCAGGAGAAGGAUGUACAGGAUCGUUUAACGGAUACUCCUCUAUCCGAAGCAGAAUCUAAUGAUGGAUCCAUCCUUGGAGACUUCUCUAGUCUUAAAAAAAUUAAAAGAAAGAUUCUGGUCGAUGGCCAAAUUCCAUUUUGUCCAGUUUGUGGAAUAACGCUGAGGUUACCAGAGUUGUCUACUCACUUUCAAUUUGAAGUAGAAAGAUUAACAAAAAUUAGCAAAAAUCUAAGUCAAUCGUCUGAAGAUGGAUCUACAUGCAAUAGGACGGGAUCACCCGCUGUUUGUAGGAGGAAAGAGGAUGAAAAACCAGAAACCAGAUGGGAGACCUACCAACGAGUCAAGUCAAACAGACAGAACCGCUUGAGUGCUCGAGCUUGCAAUAAUAAGAAAAAGAAGAUGAACGAUGACGUACCGUGUCCAGUUUGCAAUGUUCCUCGUUUGCCUAUGGAUAUGUCCGAACAUAUGCCCAUAUGCAACCGCAAAAAUGAAGAAAAUAUGGAUGUGGAGAGCACUGAUUACGAUUGGUCUGAUUCUAGACGCUUAAACAUCUCCGAAAUGAACGAUAAAGGACAAACCAAUCAAGACGACGAUAGCCAAGAUUUAAACGUUGAUUGCGACGAUACCGCCACUUACGGUCAACCACAAUAUACGGAAGCUGACGUAGUAUCGGCUGAAAGAGAAGAAGAAAGGGAAGUUAAUAAAACGACUCAAAAAAAUGGCUCCACCGCAAAUGACUUGUCCACUUGGAAUAAUAACGAAGCUCAAGAAAUAAGUAGUACGACCGCAGCUACUGACCAAAGAACUUCAGAUUGCGAAGAUAUCAAAGUAAACUGUACAGAAAUAGAUCUCCAAAAGAUUGACGAAACUCUAAGAUGUUUCGUAUGCAUGGAAAUGUAUACCAAACCGGUGGUAUCCGUUUGCUGUUGGCACGUCCACUGCGAAGAAUGUUGGUUGAAAACAUUGGGUAUGAAGAAACUGUGUCCGCAAUGCAGUGGUAUAACAGGUGUUAGAGACUUGCGCCGAAUCUAUCUUUAGUAUUGUAACGUUCUCCUAACAUAAAAAGUGAUUGUAUAGAUUUGCGUCUUUGUACAGUUAUGUAAAUGGUGUUGAUAAUUUCAGGAAUAAAGUUUAGAAAGAUGUACAGUGACAAAAAGAGUAGGAAAAUAGUUGUUUUUCUUGCCCCCGAAACGAAUGUUACUUCGGAAUUAGUGCUGUUGUUUACUUUUACUUAAACUUUAUCCACCAGUUGAAAGUAUCGCUCCCACUUCACACCGAUGCUUAUAAGUCGAGUUUUAUCGUGGAAUUUUCUUUCAAACUAAGCUUUCCGUAUAAGUUUUUCCGGAAUAGUAACUACCGCGUGGAAUAUCCAACAAUCCCUACCAUUAAAGCUCAAUCAUUCGU